CGUGAACGUGGUUGGUUAUAACGCGGCGGUAUUGGCGGAACUCUCAGCUGUUUCCUGCGUGUUUUGUUCCACGCCAGAAAUGGGGGGCAGAGAAUGUUGCGUGAAUAACUGUGGGAGCAGCUCCCACGACCACGAGGGCAGAAUGCUCCCGAACGGCCUGAGCUUCCACUGCUUCCCUGCAUGGAGAACGAAGGAAGGCGACCUUAUAUCGGAGCUAACGAGACGGCGGAGAGAAGCUUGGGUGACCGCCGUGGGCCGCAGAGAAAUCACCUUCGACCGCAUCCCGUCCUCCAUGAGAGUCUGCUCCAGUCACUUUGUCACUGGAAAACCAGCGUAUGAGAUGCUGGACUCAGAUCCAGACUGGGUGCCGUCUCUCCAUCUGGGUCAUGAUGGUAAUGAUGAUGAAUGUGAAGAAAAGUCCUGGAAUAAAAGAAGAAGGUUGUCUUCUGCUGAGAAACCAGUAGAAGGAGCAGAUGGUGCUGCUGAAGCCAGGAAGCCUCCUCCGCCUGCUUGGAGCGAAGUGAAAUCUGCUCUGCUGUCUCUUCUGGAGGGUAAAACCGUCGCCAGUCAGCAGCAGGGAGACGAUGAGCAGAACCAAGGCGCCGAGACGAGGACAGACUCCGGCUUCCGGGACUUCUUCAGGAACGCUCUGGAGUCGUCUCUGGAGGCCUCCAUCCAGGCCAGAGCUCUCUCCAAGAGUCGGCCGCCGUCCACAGAGUACGAGGUGGAGCUGAACUUCAAGCUUCCAUCCUCUGCAUCAGUACCGUCCGCCCUGGAAGAGCCGUCCUCCUCUUCACCGGCGUGUGCGAACUGCUCCACCAUGCUGCAGAGGAUUCGAGAGCUGGAGGAGAAACUGUUUGAAGUCGCCAGCAAACAUAAGGUCAAAGUGCUGAACAGACCAAGGCAACCGAUCAGAGAGGAGACCAGAACCUCUGGGGAAGAGGGUGAGGCGACGGCUCGCGUCGGACCAGUUCAAGGUGAACCGGACUCUGAAGCCACUCCUUCCACCUCCCGCCCUCAUCGUCCUCCUCAGCGCCGCCGCCACUGCUUCAAGAAGGAGUGGCUCAAGCUCUUCCCGUUCCUCCGGUACUCCCCACGCCUCAACGUCAUGUGGUGCCACGUGUGCCGCGUUCACGCGGACUCGUUCUGCAAGAACCACCGUCUGAUCAAAGGCUCCGAUCAUUUCACCAAGUCCAACAUCAUGAAGCACACCAACUCCGUCUACCACCAGCAGAACAUGCAGCGCUUCCUGUGGAGCAGCCGCAUGCCGUUCGAGGAGCCGUGGGAUCCGUCGGAUCCACCCGCUGAGGCACAAUCAUAACAAAGAAGCAAAAGCAAAGGCUGCCGAUAAGUUUUUACUGAAUAAGCUCAUCAGUAUAAUAGACAAAGUGUUAAAAAUGGCUCCUACUGUUGGGUUGCAGUUGUUGUGCGUUACAUUGCUGAAUGUUUUUCCUGUCAUAUCAGAACCUUUUGGAGGCCUGAAACAUCUAAGCCCUGAAACAACAUGGCCUCCAUCGAUUCGCUACUUUCUGAUCUUUCAGGUGACUCUACAACUUCUGAGAGAGAGAAACUGGAGCUGGGUGGCUUUUGAGAAAAUAUGUUUGUGUUUUUUCACCAACACACUCCUUUGUUUACAUAUUCUAGUGUAAUGUCAGCAAACCUAGAGCCGCCAUCUUGUUUGAGGAGCCUGUUUGACAGCUCUGUAUUUAUUUGGACGUUGAAUUCAGGUCAACUUUACGACAGAAUAUUAGUAUGAGGCUAAGAUUAUUUUUGUUUUAAUUAUGAUUCCCAUAUUUUUGAGUAACGUCAUCGCGCCAUGAGCCGCCAUCUUGUUUGUUAAAUGUUACAGCUUCUGUUUAUUUUUACUUUGAAUUCAGGUCAAUUCUACAUCAAAA